AUGGGAACCAUGUUCUUCCAAAUCUUUGUUCCUGCUUCAGGGCAGACCAGCAUCACCCCCCGUGAUUGCCACCAAUGGGGAGGGGGCGGCAAAGCCCCCUGCUACUUCACCUCCCUCCAGGAAGUGAAGCAGAGCUCCUCCACACAAACGGGGAGCUCCAAAACGAACGAAGAGGAGCCGGGCGGGUCGGAGAAGAUCCUAAACCCGUCCGUUCGCAGCGCCGCUAAACCAGAAGUCGACACGUUGUCUGCUUUCCACGUUCAGCGCCUUCUGGGCCUCAUGGCAGCUACGACUGCAGUCCUUCAGUUUGCAAGACUGCGAAUGCAUCCACUUCAGCUCUGGUUCCUAAAGCACUUCAAGCCCCUACGAAUGAGCCAGUUGGUAUUGUUAGAAGCCCAAAAAGAACUGGUGGGUUAUAAAGGCCUUGGCAUAAGUGUCCUUGAAAUGAGCCACAGGACUUCUGAUGUUUCAAAAAUAAUCAGAAAAGCAGAAAACCUCUUGCGUGAACUUCUAAAUAUACCUGACAACUACAAAGUGAUUUUCCUCCAAGGAGGUGGAUCCGGACAAUUUAGUGGUAUCCCUCUUAAUCUUAUUGGAUUAAAAGAAGCAAGGAUUGCUGAUUAUGUGGUUACUGGAGGCUGGUCAGCUAUAGCUGCUAAGGAAGCAGAGAAAUAUUCCAAGGUGAACCUUGUUCAUCCUUCUCUUCCACAAUAUUCAAAAGUCCCUGACCCAAGCACUUGGAACCUUAACCCAGAUGCCUCAUACGUUUAUUACUGCGCAAAUGAGACUGUUCAUGGUGUGGAGUUUGAUUUUGUACCUGAUGUUGGAAAGGCAGUCCUAGUUUGUGACAUGUCAUCAAACUUCCUUUCCAGGCCAGUGGAUGUUUCAAAAUUUGGUGUAAUUUUUGCUGAUGUCCAGAAGAAUAUAGGCUCUGCUGGAGUCACGGCUGUUAUAGUGCAGGACGACUUACUUGGCUUUGUACUCAAAGAGUGCCCUAUAGUGUUAGACUGCAAAGUAGAGUCAGAGAAUGGCUCAUUAUACAACACUCCUCCAUGCUUCAGUAUCUACAUUAUGGGUUUGGUCCUGGAGUGGAUAAAAAAUAAUGGAGGAGUUAAGACUAUGGACAAACUUGGUGAAAUUAAAUCCGAAAUGAUCGAUGACAUUAUUGACAACUCCAAUGGAUUCUAUGUGUCUGUGGGAGGAAUCCAUGCUUCUUUAUAUAAUGCCGUGACUAUAGAAGAUGUUCAGAAGCUGUCAGCGCCCAUGAAAAGCUUCAUGGAGAGGCAUCGGUCAUGAACUCAAGACCUGAUGCUGUGCCACACCUCUUGGAAAUCAAGUGCAAAGGACUUGAUGAUGGAAGAAGUAUGAAA